AUGGAGCAACCCGAAUCUAAUCCAACAUUUUGUACAAAUAAUUGUGGUUUUUACGGUUCAUCACAAUUUGAAGGAAUGUGUUCAAAAUGUUAUCGUGAACAUGUUAAUCGUUCAUAUAAUGCUGGACGAACGAAUUCAUUUAACAGUUAUUACUCAUCUUCUAAUACUCCUGUGACAUCUCAAAAUCUUCUUCAAGAUCAAGUCAUUGAAGAUAAUACAAGUAGUUCGAUAGAAAAUGAUAACAGUGAUGAUCACUUACAACAACACCAACAGCAAGAAACUGAUGCUAGUCAUCUUCAUCAUGUUGCAUCUGCACCAGUCAUGUCAACUGAAAAUGAUGCGAUAACAAAGAAUGAUUCAAAUAUUGAACAAUCUAAAUCACUAACAUCUUCUCCUCUUAAUGUAGAAAAGAAAAAACGUAAUCGAUGUUCAUGGGGCACAUGUAAUAAAAAACUUGGACUAACUGGUUUUGAUUGUCGCUGUGGUGGUCAGUUCUGUUCAUUACAUCGUUACGCAAAUGAACAUAAUUGUACAUUUGAUUAUAAAGAAUAUGGUCAAAAUGAAAUACGUAAAAAUAUGCCUGUUGUACAAGCUGACCGUGUUCAAAGAAUCUAG